AACAUUUACGAAGAGAGUUUAGAUUUUUGUGGAACACUGCGGGAAAAUAUAAAAAAACAUGGCUAAUCCGAAUUUAACUGAUAUGACAGAAGAGGAUGCGGCUGAUCUUCAGUUUCCAAAAGACUGCUCAUCGAGUAGAACAGAAAAGAUCGAGCAUGACGUAGAACUCGACGUGUCAGUCGUGAAGGAUGAAAUCAUUACUUCAGACCCAACAUGCCACAUAUGCAAAACUGCUUUGACGGAGCCGUAUAUUCGUUGUGCUGUGUGUAAUAAUAUGGAAUUGUGCCCUCCUUGUUUCUCCAAUGGAUCAGAAAUAGGCAAUCACAGAAAUGAUCAUGACUAUAUCAUCAUAAAGAAUGAGUUUCCCUUGAUCAAUGGAAGUGGUUGGACAGCAAAACAAGAAUUAGAGUUCUUAGAUGUUUUGCAAGAAUGUGGUUUUAGUAAUUGGGUUGACAUGGCCAAAAGAAUGCAAGGGAAAUUAGCCGAAGAAUGUAAAAAUCAUUAUCUUCAACAUUACAUUGAUAAUCAGACCCUACCAGGAUUGCCAAAAAUUGAAGAAACAAAAGCAAGUCUAUUCAGUUGUGAACCCAUUCCUUACUUGUAUAAAUUGCAGGAUUUGGAAGAGCCUCCACGCUUUGCAUCCAAUACACUUAAUUGUAAGCUCUUGGCUGGGUACAACCCAGCGAGGUCAGAUUUUGAAGUGAAUUUUGAUAAUCAUGCAGAACUGUUAAUCUCUGAAUUAAACUAUGAUGAAUUUGAUAUAAUUGAUGAUAAUUAUGAAUUAGGAAAAGAGUUGCAAAUAGCAAUAGUACAAGCAUACAAUAAUAGACUGAAAGAACGUAUGAGAAGAAGAAAAAUCAUACGUAACCAUGGACUGAUAGCAUUUAGAAGAACCAUAUCUUGGAUACAAAGAUAUGAAUGUACAAUUACUAGAACACUUGCUGAAAGAUUAUUAAUUUUUAUGCAAUUAUUAAGUGGUAUAGAAUUUGAUUAUUUUAUGGAAGGCUUACAUAGAGCAGGAGAACUUAAAAAUUAUCUCCGGAAACUUUACGAAUUCCGCAGUAACGGCUUAAAACAUUUCCAUAGCGUUCCAAUGUUCCAAAAAUUGAGCAAACUUAGGCAAGAAAAUGACAAGGAAAGGAAGCAGUAUUUAAAUAAUCCGGAAUAUAGUUGGAAGACUAUAUUACCUGGCUACAGUGUUAAUUUUAACAAUUCCGUAUCGAAUACAAUGUCACAGCGGAAAGCGGCACCGCCACUUGCAAUUAAAGGUCUUCCAGGAUACGAAAAGUUAAAUUCGGCGGAAAAAGAGCUUUGUUCUGUUACGCGUAUAGUACCCAACAAUUACCUUGACUUUAAACAACUUUUAAUAGCAGAGAAUAAAAAAAGUGGUAGUCUUAGGUUGGCACAAGCUAGGGUUCUGCUUAAGAUCGAUGUAAACAAAACACGCAAAAUAUACGAUUUCCUUACAGAAAAAGGGUACAUAAACAAACCGAGUCAAUGA